CCCGGCCCCGCCCCCACAGGGGAUGAACUUGGAGCCCAGUUCUGCCUAGGCCUUACCCUAAGACCGAAACGCUCGCUGACCAUGGCCAUGAUCUUGGGUUACUGGGAUAUCCGCGGGCUGGCUCACGCCAUCCGCCUGCUCCUGGAGUACACAGACUCACACUAUGAGGAAAAGAAGUUCGCGAUGGGGGACGCUCCCAACUAUGACAGAAGCCAGUGGCUGAAUGAAAAAUUCAAGCUGGACCUGGACUUCCCCAAUCUGCCCUACUUAAUUGAUGGGGCUCACAAGAUCACCCAGAGCAACGCCAUCCUUCGCUACAUUGCUCGCAAACACAACCUAUGCGGGGAGACAGAAGAGGAGAAGUGUCGCAUGGACAUUUUGGAGAAUGAGGUUAUGGACACCCGCCUAUACUUUGCCAGGAUGUGCUACAACCCUGACUUUGAGAAACUGAAGCCUGGGUACCUGGAGGGACUCCCUGACAAGAUGAAGCUCUACUCACAGUUUCUGGGGAAGAGGCCUUGGUUUGCAGGGGAGAAGCUCACCUACGUGGAUUUCCUGGCUUAUGACAUUCUUGAUAUACUGCGUAUAUUCGAGCCCAAGUGCCUGGAUGCAUUCCCAAACCUGAAGGAGUUCAUGGCCCGCUUUGAGGGCCUGAAGAAGAUCUCUGCGUACAUGAAGUCCAGCCGCUUCCUCCCAGCGCCUCUGUUUCUAAAGACUGCCGUGUGGGCCAACAAGUAGGGCCUCCGUGGGCGGGGGUGCCAGUGAGGAGCCAGAGUUGUGCUUGCUGUGUCCCCCCAACAGCGGUCUUGCUUCUUUGUCCUUUGUUAUAUUCCUUUGCCCCCACGAAAUACCUAUGGGCGCCCUUUUCUCCCUCCCAGCCCUGUCUUCAUCCAGGCCCUUUGUCGUCAGCUCUCUACUUCAGCAAAUUUCCUCCCCCACCAGUGUUAUCCGUCCUGCACUAAAGCCAACCAGACCAUUCUUCCCUGGGUGGUUGCUCCACCUGCGGGAGCUGGACUGGACUCCUGGCCUGGGGAGCCCUGCCGUGAGCUCCCCCGGGCUGCCCCGAAGCCCUGUAAGACCCGGAGUGCAGGCCCGGCUCCCCCAGGGUGGUCCCUGCCCAGCCCUGCCUGAUCCCCAGUGAAGCCUUACUCACCCUGACCUGGCUUGUGUUCUUCCCUUCUGGCCUUUGGAUUCAGGACUGAGCGUAUCUGGGGACAUGGAGGUUCCCUUUUCUGGUGUCCGUUGUACCAGCCCGGUGGAUCGGGUUGUGUGUGUAGUGCCAAAGAAAGGGGACGUGUAAGAUUAUGAGGAUUCUUGCUUAUUUCUAUCUACUUCAUAGACUUCCGUGCCUCAGCAUGGGGUCUCUACAGAAAGAGGGGGGCCCUUCUGUGCCUAGGUCCCUCCUUAACGCAGCAUUCCUGGAGUGCCUCCUGGAAGCUCACAGUAAGUACUGUGUCAUGGCCCGGGGGCUCUCAGGGCUUGGGCAGUCCACUGAUAGUGGUCACCCUUCCCUGGGUGCUCUCCCUGCUUUGGAAACCCUUCCUCCGUGCCCUUACAACUGUGCAUGGUGAAAGGAAAUGUAAUCACUUAUGUUGAGGGGUUUUCAGAAGCAGCCAGGAGGCUAUUAAGGAGAUGGACCUUAUGCACAUCCUCAUUAAUGAAACCAUGAACUUUGAACUGGGCCACAAUGCAAAUAUUCCAAGGACUCUGCCCAAAUACCUGCAUCUUUCUUUGGAAAUUCGUAUAGGUAACAUUUCAAGGGAGACACCCUGUUGGUUUUGACUGGAUAUUCAUAUAAACUUUUUAAAGAGAUGAGUGGUAGAGCUAAUCCUUAUCUGUAAGUUUUGAAUUUUUAUUGUUUCUUCCCAGGUAUAAAACCAUUUUUUCCCUACAAAUAGUUUUGGUUUUGUUUUUUUGCGUUGGGGGGAGCGUAAAGGAAAGCAGAAUGUUUUAUCAUGAUUUUUGCUUUAGCAACUUUGGGACAAAUUAAAAGUCCUAAACUCUGG